GUUCAACUCGAUGAUGAGGAAUUUUACUGGAUGAAACAACUGACUCUCCUUUGCAGUCUCACAUCUCAGCUUGACACCUGUUAAAAUUAAAAGAAGACCUAAUCGGGGAAACACGUGUAGCUGUAAGUCGUUUGCAAGAUACCAUUAAUGUCUACGGUGGAAAGACCGUAUCAAAGAUAAUCGCUCCAGAGUCGAGAGAGCAGAAAUUAAACACGGCGACGUAUCGUGAUGGAGAGUGCUUAUAGAGAUCUGGAUCUCUGGCCAGUAAAUGAGUCCUGGAAGAAUGGAAGUUUUAACAACGACACGGAAGGGGGUAACCAGACGGUGAACGCCCUGAAACGAAACGAAGAAGUAGCCAAAGUGGAGGUGGCCGUACUCGUCCUGGUCCUGUUACUUGCCCUAGCUGGCAACGCGUGUGUCUUAGUGGCGAUCCAUACCACAAAGCACGGUCAAUCACGGAUGUAUUAUUUCAUGAAGCAUCUUAGCAUCGCCGAUCUUGUGGUGGCAGUCUUUCAAGUCCUGCCACAACUCAUUUGGGACAUCACGUUUCGAUUUUAUGGACCCGAUUUCUUAUGCAGACUAGUUAAAUAUCUGCAGGUCGUAGGGAUGUUCGCUUCAACUUAUAUGCUCGUUCUGAUGUCCAUAGACAGAUGCAUGGCGAUCUGUCAGCCACUGCACUCCUUGCACAGGAGAAAGGACCGCUUUUAUGUGAUCGUCUCUUGGACUCUUAGCCUUUUAUUCAGUACCCCUCAAGUGUACAUCUUUUCCCUGAAGGAAGUGGGCAACGGAGUUUAUGAUUGUUGGGGAGAAUUUGUUCAGCCAUGGGGCGCUAAAGCAUACGUAACGUGGAUUAGUAUCACUAUCUAUAUCAUGCCUGUUACAAUACUGAGCAUCUGUUAUGGACUAAUUAGCUUUCGGAUAUGGCAAAACUUGAAACUUAAAAGGAAAGAGCAUUGCAUAACUCUCACGCCUAAAGCAUCAAAGGGCGCUGCGCUUUCUCGGGUGAGCAGCGUAAAGUUGAUUUCUAAAGCAAAGAUAAAAACGGUUAAAAUGACUUUUGUGAUCGUCGUGGCGUACAUAGUCUGCUGGGCGCCCUUCUUCUUCGUGCAGAUGUGGUCAGCGUGGGACCCCGCGGCACCCAGAGAAGAGAUUGCAUUCAUCAUUUCCAUGCUAUUGGCCAGCCUGAAUAGCUGCUGCAACCCAUGGAUCUACAUGUGUUUUGCGGGCCAUCUGUUCCACGACCUGGUGCAGCGCUUCGUCUGCUGCUCCACACAUUACCUGAAGUCCUCGCAGUGCCACUGUGAGCGGGAAUCCAGCCACCGGAGCAACACCUCCACCUUUGUGAUCAAGAGCACCACCAGCCAAAGAAGCAUCACACAAACCUCCAUAACAUAAACCCCCUUGCCGGUCUCCUUCCAUGCAGUCCUUCACUUUGAAAAGUUUCUGCUUUUAAGUUGAACCAAACUUACACAUGUGCUUCCUGCCAAUGUUGUAUCCUCCUUCAGCUCCAAAUCCAUAUCAGGCUGGAACCUUUAUUGCCUGGACCAGGGGUCACCAACCUUUUUGAAACUGAGAGCUACUUCACGGGUACUGAGCCAUACGAAGGGCUACCAGUUUAAGUUUAGGUCCUAAACUUAUCUAAACUUCACAUAUA